GACGUUUGAAUACGCGUCUUUGAGCCUCCUCGAAUAAUUUAUUUAGAGAGAGAGAGAGAGAGAGAGAGAGGCUUCACGAGGUUGCUCGUAGAUCGCGUCGGCUCGUAGAUCGAACGUCCUCCGUUCUCUUAUCCUCCGUCCGGUAAGACCUUCCGGAACUUGUGUGUAUCGGAGGAGAUCAAGGGGAAAAAAAAAAACUUAUCGCCUUCCUGGAAAAUUGAAUUUUUUUUCCUUUGAUUUUGAUUUCGUUCGAGUCUUUUCUGAAUUGAUCGAUCGAUCGAAUCUGCUUAUCGUGAUUUGAUUUGAUUUGAUUCUCUAGGAUUUCGUUGAUUUCUCUCUGUUAUCUCUUUGAUUUUUCUUGUGUACGAUCAAUUAUCUCAUUGAGAAGAAUACGAUGGCGGCAGGGGGAGGAGUUGACGUCUCUAGAAGUUCUCUUUCCGUCAAAAAAGACUACGACUUUUACAGGAACGGUGAUGGUGAGAGGCGUCGUCAAACCAAACGGCCUAACGAGCAAGAUCUCAGGAGGAGUGAUGUUCGUAGUAGCCGAUCACUGUUCGCUUCUGAGAAAGGGGAGGAGGGUCAGAGACCCCCUGAGAAAAGGAGGAAGUUUUCACCGAUCUUGUGGGACGUAGAAGAUAAAGUGGCUAAAGCUCCGUCUAGGGAGAAGAUGAAAUCUACUUUCACUAGUCUGACUACAAAUGUGACUCUUACUAGGAAGACUUCUUCAAAGGAUCAGGUCAACGUUGUGAUGUCACCAGAACCUGUUGAAGCUCAGGGGCCUGGGAUACUUAAUCAGGAUGUUGAUUUAACUUUUGCUAGGAAGACUUCUUCAAAGGAUCAGGGGCCUGUGAUGUCACAAGAACUUGGUGAAGCUCAGCUGCGUGGGGUGCAUCCUGUUGAUGAAUUGGAGGAGGGUCAGUUGGAGGAAGAACAGAAGGUGAAGCAGGAGGCAUCACCUGUUAAGAAAUCUAGAUGGGAGACGGGUUUAACUUCCCACAAAGAGGAGUUAAUAUCUCAUGCUGACGAUGUUGUUCCCAAGACCAGUAGAUGGAACAGGAGCAGUUUGAGUCCGGAGUGUGGUGAGUUAGUGGUGUCUGAAGAACGGCAAUGCAAUUCGUCCGGGUCUGGCAGUAGGCAUCAAAGCGUAGAGAAGCUUAGCGGUAAUGAAUAUUCUGAUAAUGAGUAUUUUAGUUCUGAUCAUGAUGAGUUGGAAGCUGAAGAACCAGCUUCUCCAGCUCAGGGAGGGAUGAACAUGCUACUCGGUAGCAGGUCUGUGAAUGGGUUUCAGAAGCUAAACAAGAUAAACGAAGGUACAUACGGUAUUGUAUAUAGAGCGAGGGAUGAGAAAACCAAGGAGAUUGUGGCACUCAAAAAGAUCAAGAUGAAGGAAGACAAGUACGAAGAAGAGUACGGAUUCCCUUUGACGUCUCUGAGGGAAAUCAACAUACUUUUGUCAUGCAAUCACCCUUCCAUAGUGAACGUGAAGGAGGUUGUGGUAGGAGGGAGAAACGACAGCGAUGUGUACAUGGUCAUGGAGCACUUGGAACACGACUUGAAGGGCUUGAUGGAAAGAAAGAAACAGCCUUUUAGCACCAGCGAGGUCAAGUGCUUGAUGUUGCAGCUACUGGAGGGUGUGCACUACCUUCACACGAACUGGAUCAUCCACAGGGAUCUGAAGCCGUCUAAUCUCCUGAUGAACAACAGUGGGGAGUUGAAGAUUUGUGAUUUUGGUAUGGCGCGACAGUACGGUAGCCCUAUCAAGCCUUACACGCAGAUGGUUAUUACUCAGUGGUACAGACCACCUGAGCUUCUUCUAGGAGCGAAGCAGUACUCUACGGCUGUUGAUAUGUGGUCAAUAGGUUGCAUCAUGGCGGAACUCUUGUCUCAAAAGCCUUUGUUCCCUGGCAAGACUGAACUUGACCAACUACAAAAGAUCUUUGCAGUCCUUGGAACACCAACCGAGUCAAUCUGGCCUGGAUUCUCAUCGUUACCUAAUGCUAAAGCCAAGUUUCCCACACAAUCGUACAAUUUGUUGCGUAAGAAGUUUCCAGCUAUAUCAUUUGUAGGCGGUCAAAUACUUUCAGAACGUGGAUUUGACUUGCUGAAUGGUUUACUGACUUUGGAUCCUGAGAAACGUCUAACAGUGGAGGAAGCUCUCAACCAUAGUUGGUUUCACGAAGUGCCUCUCCCAAAGUCCCAAGACUUCAUGCCUACAUUUCCUCCAAGGCGUUAGAUGAGGCAAUGUAGAUUUUCAAGAGUAUCCCAUGUACCUUCUGUGUUUGUAUUUCUAAAAGUUCGAUUUUUUCUUAUAAUUAAAAGAUGGAGAGAACAUUAGUUAGAAAAUGGAGAAAAUGUAUAAUGUCUUUCUAUCACUUUUGUGACUCUAUCAUUUGAUCACAUUGACGAGAGCAACGGUUUCAAAA